AUGGUAGCCAUUGGAUGGGUGGGCUUAUCGCAAACGGAUACCACAUCCACGUUAGGGUGCGACUCAUCCAAGCAAUGUUAUGAAUCAUUUGUUAAUACAGCCAAACGUAUUGCUCUUGCCCCCAAAGAUCAAGGUCUUCUCCUUCAACAACAACAGCAGCAACAAUCCAUGGCAGAAUCUUCGUCAUCAUCAAUAUCACAGCCAUCUCUUAUUCGACAGCCCGACGAUAAAGAAGAAGCUUCAUCUUUGGACUCUAAGGAAGAGCAAAUGACCAUUGUCAAAAGCUUGUCGCCACAAGAACAAGAAUACCAGCGAUUGACAGAUCCAGGUCAAGGGCGUAUCAAGGCGGCCUUCGUGACAUUGGCACGCAAUCGUGAAGUGCAUGCAAUGCGAUCAUCCAUGCGAUAUUUGGAAGAUCGAUUCAAUCACAAAUACAACUACCCAUGGAUCUUUUUGAAUGAAGAGCCGUUUUCCGAAGAAUUUAUCAAUCUCACACGUCAAAUGACCAAUGCAGAGACGUUUUAUGGCCAAGUACCCACCGAACAUUGGAGCUAUCCUGAAUGGAUUGAUCAAAACUUUGCUGCCGAGUGCAGACAACAAAUGGCCAGUCAAGGCAUCGUGUAUGGUGGCAGUGAAAGUUAUCGUCACAUGUGUCGCUAUCAAUCCGGAUUCUUUUACAUGCACCCAUUGUUGGAUAAUCUUGACUAUUACUGGCGCGUUGAACCUGGUGUCAAGUUUUCUUGUGAUAUCGACUAUGACCCUUUUAGACUUAUGCAGGAACGUGAUCUCAAAUAUGGCUUCACAAUCGCAUUGCAGGAGUACCUUCUUACGAUUCCCACUCUAUGGGAGCGAACGCUUGAUUUCGUCAGGGACAAUCCACAAUACAUUUAUCCACGAACACGCCCUGAUAGUUUAUUCAACUUGAUUACGGAAGAUGGUGGAUUAUCCUACAAUCUUUGCCAUUUUUGGAGUAACUUUGAGAUUGGGUCUAUAAAAUUCCUUAGAUCUGAGGGGUACCAAGCUUACUUUAAUCAUUUGGAUCGUGCAGGAGGUUUCUUUUAUGAGCGAUGGGGUGAUGCUCCUGUGCAUUCAAUCGCUGUUGCUCUCAUGCUGAGUGCAAAGGAAGUGCAUUGGUUCUAUGACAUUGGUUACAAACACGAUAAUUUUGAGCAUUGUCCCACCGAACCCGAUUGGCUCGUACAUGGUAAAUGCUACUGUGACCCAGGAACAUCAUUUGACUACGUGCCUGGAAGUUGCAUCAACAAAUAUCUCGAAGUCACCAACACCACCGUCAACAAUCAUAUCAUCAUUCAGCCUGAUGAAGGCGACCUGUAA